UAAAAAUAUUUUAUGAUAAUUUGUGUCCGGUAAAAAUUACUAAAAUUAAGAAAGCACAUGAAUCUUUGAAUUCCUUGCGUUUGUAUUUGUUUUAACAGUAUAUUUCUCUCAGAUCCCUUGCACUAAUUUGGGCUAAUAAGAAGCAUAUUUGAUAAAAUAGCGGGAAACACCAAUCAUUGACCGAAGGUCAAGGUUAUCUUGUUCCUGAAAAUAGCGUGUGAAAUUAUUUAUGGUGUAGUUGAAACAUUUGUUGAUGCCAAAUGGGCACCGGGGAGACGACCUCCUAUCACUUACGGAGGAUAGGACCCUCCGCAACAUGCAUGAGUAUCGGUAACAACAUGAAGUUAAAAUAUGGGGUGACCAAGUUUGGACGAGCAACAAGCAAUGACUACUAUUUAGACUCUACCAAACUGAAGAACUUCAUUUCUCGAAUCCAUGCUGAAAUCCAUGCAAUUCCAAAUGAAAACGGAGAUAUGCAGUUUAGGAUUAUUGAUAAGGGCCUUAAUGGCACCUUUAUCAAUGACACAAAGAUGAGUGGACCAUACAUUUUGAAGGAAGGAGACAAAGUCACAUUCGGACACACAAAUGGUUAUAAACUGAAAGCUGGGGAUUAUGCAAAGCAACCAAACUCAGAGUUUCAAUUUAUUUUUGAAAAAUUGGUGCAAAAAGAAGAAGAACGAGGGUUUAGGACUGGUGAUGAGGCAGCCAUCAAUGGUAACUCGCCAAUGAAUGCCUCAAGUAGUGCUAACACCAUCACAAGCAUCAAGAAAUCGCCCAGUAAGACUGACCAAAAAUACAAUCUCUCAAAAGACUCAACAGUGGGGUAUAUGGGGUCCCCAAAUGUAAACAGGAUCUCUGGAUUUGAUCUGAAAUCAUCGCCUUCUAACAGUGAUGAAAGUGAUGAUGAUGAAGAUGAUUACAAUUAUAAACCUAAUGUGAAUACUGUUAGCAAGAAGUCGCGUUCUGUGCUAAGCAGAAUGGACUAUAGUGAUGAAAGUAUGGAUUCUAGUCCCUCUCCUAAGCCAGUACGAAAAAACACUGGUUAUCAGGACAAAAAACAGAGCCCCAGCAAAGUGAGAAAGUCUGCAGACCGAUUGUCAGGGGAAAAUGGAUUAAUACCGUUCAGUGAUCUAGCCAGGAUGGAUAAAAGUAAAACAAAGACAAGCCGAGUGAAUGUAAAUAUAAAUAUCAAUGUGGAGUCUACUGUGAAAAACAAUGGUCGGCGAAAUAGCAAUUCCAUGAGAGAGAGGGACACACCGCCCUCAAGGACACAAGUGGAAAUCCCAAGCAAACAUAGCCGAAAGCUAAUACAUGAUAAACAAAGGGCCAGAAGCAGCAGCAGCUCAUCCGAUUCCAAUGAUCUACCAUCUCCAGAUGAAGACAGCAGUCAAGAUAAAUUUAACAUCUUUUCUAGUGAAGAAAACACUGACAUAAAAACUCUCAGCAAGAAGAAGACACCUAUAGAAAAGAAAGCAGCCAAGCCAGCAAAAGUUCAGAGAAGCAAUAGCCGGGGAUCUGUGAAAGAAACUGCCAAGAAACGAAAACAAGCACCCACUAAAACAGGUAAACCUGGCAGAAGAGGCCGACCUCCCAAAAAGAAAAAGAAGGACUCGGAUGAUGAAGAUGAUGAUUUUGACGACGAGUUUGAAAUUGAGGAGUCUCUAGAGGAAGGUGUUGAGUGGUUUGAGGAAGACAAGUGUGCCUCUGCUGAUUGUAAACGACCCAAAGGAAAACGAGUAGGCUGGGUAUGUUGUGAUGAUUGCGAUGAAUGGUAUCACACGGAUUGUGUAGGCUGUCGCUAUGACCAUGUCAAGGACACCAACAUCAAUUUCAGCUGCGGAUGUCGAUGAGAAAUUCACCUUGUUUUUCAACUAUAAUAUAGACAUCAUGGUUUGUUGUAAACAUUCAUUCUUCAAAACAUUUUCUAGAAUCAGCAUUAUAAAAGUAUAGAAUUUGUGUUAGAAUAUUCGGUCAUUAACUUUUGACUGCCAGGGAGUUGUGUACUUCUAAUUUUUGUUUCAUCAUUUUGCUUGUUGCAAAAAAAUAUAGGUUAAAACAUUGUUGGUUAAUAUAAUACAUUUACAAGUGUUUACAAUGUUUUGAGAACUGGAUUUUUUUUUAAAUACAACUUUUGAUGUAGAAUAUUAUUUUCACCAGAGCUUAGAGCAUACGUCUUUGAUUGUUUUGAAUUCAUUCAGUUAUCUUGACAUUUUUUACGACUUGUUUCAUACAUUUCGAAGCCAUAUUAUUUGAUGGUCAACAGAUUUCUAUCUUGGUCUAUCUUGUUGAAGUAUUUUUGUUUAGGUGGUAAGAACACAACUGUCAGGUUGGUGACCUUUACUCAUUAAGGUUGGUUAUAUAUUUAUUUAUUAAUGCAGAAAAAUGUGUGUAUUUUUACCAACAUUCUCAAGGAAUUGCAUAUCUUACACUUACUGUAGAUGUAUUUUUGCCAGUCAUUAUUUAUGCUAUAGUGUAAAUUGGAUUCUAUGAAUCUCUGUCUAUAGCAUUAUGUUAAAUAUAUUUCUCUUUGUACUUAUACAUGUAAAUUAUCCAAACAUCUAUUGGCACAUUUCACAUGAAACUUUUUUUUUUCUCAAUUCUAUCCGAUAUGCCCCUGAAAAGAAGAUACAUAGACAUGUACUGCUUGUUUUUCACAUGAGCUAAGAUCUCUCACAGAAGUGGCUGAAGUUUCUAAGCUGACCUUUCCUAUGUGUAUUUUGAUUGAAGUUUGCCCAUUGUAUGUCUUUUUCACUGUCUUGUGACUUUCAAAUUCUAAACCUUUGUACUUUUUUAACCAAACUUGGUACAUACCAAUGAAGGGGACUCAAAUUGAAUAGAAAUGCAUUUUCUCAUCAAAGGCGAGAUAAAAUGAACAUGGUAGAAGAAUCUCUAGAACCAUGAAUCCAAAAAUGAUUAACUACCAGUAUGUUGAACAUUUAUGAAAUGUACAUUUAGAUAUUUUCUUGUCAUGGUCCCUGUUACUAUGUUAAGCCAAGGUAAUAGUUUCAAGUAUUAUAUUUAAAAAUUACAUGUACUGUAUAUGCAAGCAGUUUAAGAGAGCAUAGGUUCAUGGGCCACAUAUUCAAUCUGUAGAUAAAUCACGAGAUUUAGUGCUUUGUGUUCUUGUUUUGUUUUUCAUUCUUGUGAUGUUGGAUGCUUUUCAUACUCUCCGACAGCAAUAGUAUGAUGUUUUUGUGUGACAAACAAUCUUUCUUUGACUGUUUUCCAGCUUGCUUUUCUGAAUUGCAUUUUUGUGUGAGAGA